CGACACAAGGUCGCCCGUCAGUUCUAUCGUUGGACAGUUUAGAUAUGGAAGAUAUCGUUUUUUCCUCCAGGCUUGUACUGCCUGCCCAUCAGGAAGCGGAUUUUACGCACAAGAGAAUAAGACAGCGUACAUAGGCUUGUCGUGACAGUCGCAGUUGGAGCUGAAACAGUUGGGCGGAUGGGAGACAAGCCAAAGAGCUUUCAUGAGAUGACUGCUGAAUUUUAUUGUGGAAUAGCAGGUGAGUGUAAGGUGAGGUGUAAGGUCAUGAGUGGAUUACAAGCAUGCCAAUUGGACGCACCUGUUUGACUGCAUCUAAUGGAAUUUCCAAAGUUGCUAUGGAUUUUCCGCUGGAUGCCAUGGAGGCCGGCGUACGUGACUGCAGGAUGUUUUAAAUGGGCAGCCACACUUAUGGAAUGAAUAAUCAACACGGAGAGUUGGGUUGACCUUCGACUGGGGGGAGAAAUUUAGAAUGUUUAUUGAUGACCAUAAGUUCGAUUCGCCUGCCCUCCGGCGCUUGUUGUCCUCAUGUCAAGAGGUUAGUCUUGGUCCAGACUUUGAAAGAGAAAGUUGGAACGGGACGUUGUGUUGCCAAGAGACGCAAUUGAGGGUGUUGGCCAAUCCUGGAGGGAUACUCAGUCCACUUCACCAUGUCGUCCAACGAAGAAGAGCAGCCGACUUCAUCGCCAUUAAAUGUCAAGUUUGACGUGGUUCCCGAAACGCUUGAACCUUCCUACAAGGAGCAUUUCCCAGUGUUUGUCAAUGGAUUAGUUCAAGGAGAGCCGGGCGGAUUCGUCUUCCAUCCGCACUACGCCCAAAAUGCCAACAAGAUUUACAACAUGAAAGUGAGGAGCGACGACGUCUGGAUCCGCACUUUCCCCCGAUCCGGUACAACUUGGACGUCCGAAUUGGCCUGGCUCAUCAUGAACGAUUGCAAUUUCCAAGAAGCUGCUCGAGUGCCGCUAACUGUCCGAUCGCCCAAUAUCGAUACCAAUUACUUUGCCAAUUGGGGAGAUUUCGCCCCGCCGGAAAUAAUGGAUAACCUCAUCACUAUCGAAAAGAUUGAAGAGAUGACGUCACCCAGAGUCAUCAAGUCGCACUUGCCCUUUCAAUUGCUGCCACCCAAUUUACUCGACACUGCCAAGGUGAUUUACGUUGCCCGCAAUCCCAAGGACGCCAUCGUUUCCUUCUUCUAUUUCCACAAAUUAGUGAAAUUGUGCUACUACGCUGGAGAAAUGGACGACUUUGUCGACUACUUUCUCAACAACAAACUGCUGUGGACUCCCUAUUUCCCCACCGUCCUCGAGGCUUGGGCCAAACGUGACCAUCCCAACUUGUUAUUUCUUUUCUACGAAGACAUGAAGAAGGAUUUGCCCAGUGAAAUCCAGAAAAUCGCCGCUUUCCUCAACAAAACGGUGACGCCAGAGCAGAUUGAGAAGCUGGUCGAUCACGUGGAUAUCGACAAAUUCGCCAAGAACGAGUCGGUCAACAUGACCCGCGAGAUCAAAGCCGGCCUCUCCAACGAAGGCCACACUUUCAUCCGCAAAGGUGAAACGGGAGGCUGGAAGAACCAUUUCAGUCCGGAAGUGAACCGCAAAAUCGACGAGUGGAUCGAAAAGAAUUUGGAGGGAUCCGAUUUGAAAUUCGUCACCGAACUCGACUAAAAAAUAAAGAAAUGGCGAUUUUUAUUUUUUAAAUCAUUUAAUAUUCGCUAGCUGUGAAUCUGAAUGUGCCAACCUGAACUCACCGAUUGCAACUGGAAUCGGAUUGUUGUAAACGUCAAAUCUCCUCUGCAUACUCUCCGAUAACCGUAUAUUCAAAAUAUAUUACACCUCAAGGCAAAGGUAUAACCAUUUUUAUUUUAUAAUCGAGUUAAAAGAGAUCGAAUUUCGGUUAUUUGCAACUAAAAAUAAAAAAUCGUGACUUUA